AAGAGGAUCGUUAUUUCGAGGAAUCAAAGAAGGAAGGUUUCGAAGGUGAAUUUAAGCCUGAUUUCAAGAGUAGUUUUCGUCGAGCAAGACCUGAGAGGAAAGAUGAUCCUUCUGAUCAAGGCAAUGCUGAUCGAGGUGAUGGUAUUGUUAGAAGUAGUAGUUCUUGGUCGUCAUAA